ACGAUGUUUAAAUAUUUAUACAAGUUCCCUGACAAAAAUGGAGCAAAUUGGAAGACAUAAGACAAAGUACACUUCACCACAUACAUCUACGUGGUCUGCUAAUCAAACUACCGACGCUAGAGUUCCGCCUGAUGCAUAUUGGAAAUAUACACAAAGAAACAAUCAAGAUACCACUGAUAAGAGUACCAGACGUCAUCAAAGUCCUAUGCCAGAACCGCCGAUGAGCUAUUAUUCUUCCGCAAAUUCUUACAAGACUUUUAAACAUAACGCUUAUCCAUGUUCGACGCAUCCGAAACAUUCCUCUGCUCUUCAUACGGAAGUACCACAGCGAUACCAGCAGAUUACUACGAAAUCUAGUAGAAAUAACGAUCGUACUAAUAACGUUGUCGUAAAUAAAGAUCGAUACAAGACUCAGCAAGAAGAUGAGAACAAUACAGACUAUAUCGAUGAAGAACUAGGAAAUUUUACAGAAGAUAAUUUAGACGAAGACGCUGAAGAGGAAGGUAUAAACGAAGCGGAGAACGAUCGGUCCCUUCGAAGCGACAAAAGGAUCGGCGAGUCUGUCAAUAAGGAAUACGAUGAACAGGAAGCGGACGAUGAGAUAGAUGAAGAAUCGGAUGCACCUGCCGAAACACAAGCAAUACAACGCAAUGCAGUUAAGAAAGAUGCAUUGUUACGAGCACAACGAAUGCGAAUGAUUAACCAGCAACAAGAUCCACAUAGAAUUCGUUACUCUCAACAAUCACCAAAGUUGUAUCAAACUUAUCAUUUACCAACAAGGUACUACCACAACACACCUGAUCACAAUAUCCAUGAAACGUUGUCGGAGGAGGAUCUGUACACGGCUCAAGCGUUGAAAAAUCAUUCUCGAAGAACAUCGAUGGGCUAUCAUCAAAAUUGGAUUCCGCAGAGAAGUUCAACAGAUCGAUAUGACACAACGACCUCGCUAACUCAGCCAAGUCGCCGAACACGGACGAGGCCAGAAAUAAAGUCUUUUACGGAAGCAGAAUUUGCCGAUAGGAGAAAGUGUAGCCGUUGCGGUAAUAUCUCGACCAGGAAACCAUCAACUUCGCGAAGGAACCAUUGUAGAUUCCAGGAUAAUUUAAAUUUUUCGACUAAGACGCGUUUCGGAGAUGAUGCGGAAAUCUUCGACCAAUCCUGGUGCGGGCAUUGUAAACCGAAACAUCAUUUUGAAGGAAAUAUGGGGUCUUGUGAAAUUCCAUCACCGGCUUUGUAUUCGAUGAAAUCACAACGUUCCAGGGACACUAAUAUACCAAUGCACGAAACGUUAGAGGGCAAACAUCCGAUGGACGAGAUAUCGCACGAGUUUGCACGGAUGUCAUCUAGAUACACAAAAGAUACGCCAAACAUUUUACGCGACAGAAUCAGACAUUCCGUUCCGCAGGCAGCACAAGGCGCAACUAGAAUAUCCGCUCGUUAUAAUCCUUAAAUAUUCUUUUUAAAUUUUGUCACUUUUAUAAGUCAAUGAGAAAGAUUAAGAAAAUUAAUGUUUUACGGAUGGAAUAUAUAUAAAUUUUCUUCCUGGCUGAAUUGUCUUCCAAAAAUAUGACAUUUUCAGAAAAAGAUCAAACUUAUUUUGUAUUUACUAAAAUAACAUUUUUCAAAACUAAACUUUCGAAAUAAUUUUAAAAAGUAACUCGCUACGUGUUUAUAACAUUGUUCGACUGUUAACUAUUAAAAACAGUUAACUAUCUCAUUAUGUUUCAUAAGAAAAAAGAUAUUUACAAACAUGGAACUGCUACUUCGAGCUAUCUUUCACUGAAUCAUAGUGUUACAGUCUUCGACGAGAAACUUUAAAAAAUAUAAAAUUAUCGAGAGUUAAGAAAAAUAUAAUAAAAAAAUGAGAAAUGACAUUGCACUUUGUAACAAUCACAGAUGCUACAACAAUACUUCUAUCCACAGUCAGUUCCCUUCAUACCGUUUGUCCAACAUAUAUUUUUGUAACUGUCUUUCGAAUCGUGUAGAUGUUCUGUGUAGUGUAAUAAAAAAGUUAUGCCACAAAGGCAUGGAAAAUUAGUUUCACAAUAUGUACAUACAAACUGAAUAAAGCCAAUAGAGCUGACGAAGCAAUUUAACAUUUUUUUCUCUCAUUGUAAUUUUAAAGAGAUAACUGUCAUUUUAUGUCUUUUGGCACUGGCGCACAAAAUCUACUGUAAAUACGUGAUAUUAUUAUAUAAUUAAUUAUACGAUAGACG